AUGCCGAGAAGACAGGAGGAGCUGGAGGAGGAAGGCAAAGAGGAGCUGGAUGAGACCCUGUCAGAGAGACUGUGGGGUCUGACAGAGAUGGUCCCAGAGAGGGUCCGGUCCAUGGCUGGUGCCACUUUUCAUCACUCCCUCUUUGGGGCUCAAAAAAUGUGCAGGUUUUCCAGGCCAGCCUUCAUGAUCCUGGUGCUUCCUGUUGUCUUCGAGAUUGAGAAGUUGCAAAUGGAGCAGCAGCAACACCCACAGCGACGGCAGAUACUUGUAGGGCCUAACGCAGGUUCUCAGGGGGCUUGCCAGGGCUCUACCUUCAUUUCUUGGAAAGCUCUAUAUUGUUCCUGCUAUGUGGCUUCUCUUGCUGGACAAGUUUGA